AUGGCGCCAAGUCAGAACAAGAUGCUUCCUGUUCAGAAUGGAUUGACAUCGUUCUGGCUGACACAGCCUCAUGAACUACACGACCAUCGAACAACUCCAUCCAUUCCAGAGCAAAGUGAUAUUGUCAUCAUUGGAGCUGGGUACGCAGGUGCUGCAACUGCGUAUCACCUCCUUAACGAGAGUAUCGGUGUGGGCAAUCUCAGCAUCACCAUUCUUGAGGCUCGAGGAGCUUGUUCAGGGGCAACCGGGCGCAAUGGGGGACACCUGCGCCCAGACCUUUACGGUCAUAUCCCCAAGUAUAUUGCUCGGGCAGGUGUAAGAGCUGGAGCUGAAAUCGCCGAGUUUGAGAUUGAGAACAUGUGGGCCAUCAAAAAGACCAUCGAAAACGAACGCAUCAACUGUGAUUUUACGAUGGCGAGGUCUGUCGACGUCUGGUGCCAGGAGAAGGCUGCAAAAGAUGCCAGGGCUGCCUACGAUAUGUUGGUGUCCCUUGGCCUCGACUACAUGAAGGAUGUUUUUUUCACCGACGUCCCUGAGCAAGCUGAGGCUUACUCGGGCGUCAAAGGGGCUUUGGCCGCAGCGUCAUAUACGGCAGGCACCAUGUGGCCCUAUAAGUUUGUUCUCGGGCUUUUAGAACCUGUACUAUCUACUGGGAAAGUGAAUCUCCAGACCCAUACGCCAGUACUUUCGGUGAAACCCGAUGAGAAGCGUGGUUUUGUGGUUGAAACAGAGCGUGGUACAAUUUAUGCGAAGCAAGUUGUGCACGCCUCAAAUGGCUAUGUCUCGGGCCUCCUCCCCGAAUACGAGCGCAACAUUAUCCCUUGCAAGGGUAUCUGCUCGCACAUCGAAAUACCCGUGCAAAAUCGCAGUAAAACACCUUUAUUCACCAACUCAUAUAGCAACCGCACUGAAGACAACACUGGCUCUUAUCUCAUUCCCCGGCUUGACAGCAGCAUCAUUGUAGGUGGAGCAGCACAGGUGUUCCGCCCUUUCCGAGAUCAAUGGUACGGGAACGUGGAUGACAGCGUCUUGAUUGAUGCUGCAAAAGGCUACUACGAAGACUACAUGCAGCGAACAUACCGCGGUUGGGAGAACACUGGUGCUCAGGUAGCUCAUAUCUGGACAGGGGUGAUGGGAUACUCAUUCGAUUCAAACCCCCAUAUUGGCUCUGUGCCUUCCAAACCUGGCCAGUUCAUUCUCGCGGGAUUUAAUGGCCAUGGGAUGCCUGUGAUAUGGCUUGGAGCUAAAGGUCUGGCAAAGAUGGUGCUUGCCGAACGUGUGGGAGAAAAGCUGCCAUUCAGUGACACUGGGAUACCCACACUGUUCCAAACUUCACAAUUUCGUAUAGACAGAGCCUGGAGCAACAAGGAAGAGGAUGGUGAUAUCUUGGGUACUGGCCAUAUAUUUCUACCGACACUCCCUAUAUUUGAGGAGCGUGGCUUCACAAGCAAAUUGUAG